AAACGUGAAUAAAACUUUGGUCAUAUUGAUAGAAAUGUCCGCAAAACCUUCAUCGCUUCUUCUGGUGUUCCUUGCAUUUAAUAACAUUUGGCUGGUUCAUCCCUGUGCUGAAUACCUGCAGGAGUACAAUGGACGAUGUCUUGAUAGUUGUCCUCAAGGUUUGAAGAAAGUAGAGUUUACAAGUGUUUGUACAGAACGCUGUCCACAGGAUGUCCCGUACCUUUAUAACAUGACCACCUGUGUGGCUUAUUGCCCGAAUGACUACGUAGUAAUGUAUUCCAAUGACUGUGUCAGAUUGAAGAAGCUGCCGAACAUCCCCGACAACACCAUAAAGUGUCCCGAACGAUUCUGUAAUUCAUCCACGCCAUAUUGUUAUGAUUUAGUAUGUAAAGAACGUUGUCCAGUGAACACAGUUUCUGAUCGUUUUAAUUGCGUGCAUACAUGUUCAGAGGAAUUGCCUUACCAAUACAAUUCUUCCUGUCACAAGCAAUGCCCUCCUGGCGCAACAGUUAUAAAUAAUAAUAGAUGCGUAGUUGAUUGCCCACAAAAUACGUUUCUGUAUGGAAAUAAGUGCGUUCCGGUUUGUCCACAGGAUACAUUCAUUCACAAUCGAACAUGUCUCUCUAAAUGUCCGGAGUCUCAUCCAGUGUCCCUUGUGUUUGGAAACACAAAAAGAUGUUUGCAAACAUGCCCUGUAUUUACUAUGAGAAAUGGCAGUGUGUGUGAAAUCGUCUGUCCACCUGAUGCUAUGUUUCUUUUUAACAUGACUUGUGUUUCAACAUGUCCGAAUUCUGCGUCUUUUAUUUGGAUCAAAAACAUAGAGAUUUACAGUAUAAGGAAACCUCUUUGCGUUGAUUCCUGUCCUGAUAAUUUGUAUCUACAUGGCGAGACUUGCGUUGCCAAAUGUGAUUCAAAUCAAUUUAUAUUAAAUUCAACCUGUGUAUCAUCCUGUCCGAAUUUGUAUGAAGCUACAUAUAUGCCGUACAAAUGUGUGGAUCAGUGUACGCAGAAUAUGUAUUUGUAUCGGAAUAUGUGCACACAACGAUGUCCAGAUGGCAGUUUUGCAUCAAACCAAUCGUGUGUUUCACAAUGUCCGCCAGCAACGCCUUACAAGGCGACAUACCGAAAUGGAAUAACUUGCGUUGAUAAGUGCCCUGAUAAUCAAAACUUCAUGUAUCAAAACAAUUGUGUAUAUUUUUGUCCGACAACAACGCACAUGUUAAAUAACACCUGUCACGAGGAAUGUCCCAAAUCUUACAGCAUUCUCUAUACAGAUUAUAUAAAGUGGUUUUCCAUAAGUAGGGGCGCUUCCAAUUGCACGCGUGUGUGCCCGCUUCCACUUAUCAAUGACUCCGGCAUUUGUGUGAAGCGCUGUUCUAAAAACACCUUCGUGUUUAAUCGUACGUGUCAUGCAGUAUGUCCUAGUUCACAUCCUUUUGUUCUCAGCAGAAAUAAUUCGUGUGUGUCAUUUUGUCCAAGUGAUAUGGUUAGUGUCGGGAACAGCUGUCAGUUAGAGUGUCCUAGUUCAACUCCUUACGUCGUUAAAAGGAAAUGCUCUGAAAGAUGUCCUUCAACACAGCCUUUUCAUCUGUCUUUAAACAAAACGAUCACAAUCAAUCCUUACCGUCAAUUCGUUGUUUACCAUCAAAUGUUAACGUAUUGUGUUGAACAAUGUCAGUGGAAUUCGUCCGGGUCUGUUGAAUAUUACCGAUACAACAAUUCGUGUGUUAAGCAUUGUCCGCCAAAAACAAUGAGUUUGAAUGGCGUCUGCGUUACUAACUGUUCAGAAUCGUACAAAAUGACGUAUACCCGCAAGGUGGGAGGAUUGCAGACGACAGAAUGUCUGCACCAUUGCCCCAACAACACUUUACGAUGGCUGGACAGAUGUUUUGAUAUGUGUCCAAACAAUAUGAGCGCGUUUAAUGGGACGUGUGUAAAUCUAUGUCCUGAUAUAUAUGGUUUCAUCGAACAUUCAGAUAAGGGUAGUACAUGUCGAAUGUCGUGUUCAGAUCCUGUAUAUAAAUACACCAAUGGUAGAGAAUGUGUGAAAAACUGCCCAUCAACAAAAUACUAUUUUGACAACAUGUGUGUGAAUGUUUGUCCUUCUUCUAAACCUUUUAACGUAUCUAAAAAUUCUAAACCACCUAUUUGCGUCAAAACCUGUCGAGAGGCCAACUUUGUGGAAAUCAACAAUACCUGCAUAACGGAAUAUACCUGCUCGGAUGGCCUCACUAUGUUUGUCUAUGACCGUGAAACCUGCGUCAAAGAAUGCCCGUAUGGUUCCGUUCAGCAAUUGGAUGGUGUCACAAAACGAUGUAACUCGUUGGAAGUUGAAGCCUGGGUCAUAAAUGCUGUACUUCUCAACAUCUUUGCAAUUUGUGUAUUAGUUAUUGUUUUACUUUUUUCUGAUGGCUGUCCUAAAAACAAACAUAAAGCCACGAAAGAAAAGACUGAUGAUAUUGAGGAAAGCGAAGACCAAGAUACAACUGCACUUUUACUUCAGGAGCCCCGUGAAACUGACCAAGACACAACUAAUGUGUGUCUAACCCAGCCGGACCCAGGAAAUGAAAACAUUUACGAUAUCGAAUUCACGAUUGACGAAGAAACAGAACAGAAGGUUGUUUUGAAAAUGACUGAUGAUUUGAGUUCGGGUGAUGUUGACGAAAACCUCUCAGGCGGUAUCAAUGAUAGAAAUACGCAUUUUCAAUCAGCAAAUUUCGAGUAUAGCAUUGAUGAUGAAACAGCAGCGAAGACAGUUAAAACGCAAUGUGAGAACUUACCCAUUAAAGACCAGGAACAAUUCCAAUAUCGUGAUCAGAGAACUAAAGCAUUAUUGAGUAACAGUUUGUCUGACAUUGACUUUAUGCUAGAAAACGAAAAUGUUGAGGAUGUUGUCCGAACAUAUGCAUCUCCUUUGCUUGAUUUUUCAAAUACAAAUAGUAGUAGUAUGGUGGACGAUUCGACAUCACAGUUUAAACGUUUUCAGAAAGAUAUAAACAAUGAAUCUGGCGAGGACCCGACACCAAUUUCCACAGAAGCCAUACCAUUGGAUCUGUUCCCUUGCCUUCCUAUUCUUAACAAUUCGUUUGAGGAUUUAAAUUCAAGCGAAGCACGCACGCGCACUGAACAUUGCUUGGAAAGUGAAACCCUAGCAAAGAAAGUUGAGGAUUACUAAAUGAUUUAAAAUGUCUGUUUCAUUAUUUGUAAUAAUUCAUUUCUUUCUUGGACUAUUUGUCAAGAACUAAUUUGGACAGUUCAUUUCGUUUGAUGUAACUAGGGUGAUUUUUGUGUAAUUAGAACGUAUAGUCGCGUUCUAAGGUACUUGAAUGAUAUGUCACGUUCUAUGUUACAUGUACUAGGAUGUUUGUCGCGUUUUAUGUAACUAGGAUUGUUUAUCGCGUCCUGUACAAUUAGAACAGUAAGUCGCGUUCUAAGUUACUUGAAUGGUUUGUCGCUUUCUAUGUAGCUAGGUUGGUUAAUCGCGUUCUGCAUAAUUAGGAUGAUUUGUCGCGUCCUGUACAAUUAGAACGGUUAGUCGCGUUCUAAGUAACUUGAAUGAGUUGUCCCGUUCUAUGUAAUUAACGUGUUUUAUUGCGUCCUAUAUAACUACAGUAGGAUUGUUUAUCGUGGAGUGUUUUUUAUUGAGAACCUACGUUAUAACGGUAAGUUGAGUUUUAUGAAGCUUAUACUAUUUGUCGCGUUCUAUCUAACUAUGGUGUGUUUGGCGUUCUUUGUAACUAGUGUGUUUAUCGCGUUCUAUGAAACAAUGAUGUUUUUUCGUGUUCUAUGUAGCUAGGGUGAUUAUCGUGUUUGAUGUAACUAUGAUAUUUAUCGUAUUGUAUCUAAAUAAUUAUGUGUUUGUCACGUUCUAUGUAACAAAGAUGUUUUUCGCGUCCUAUUUAGCAAGGAUGUGUUUGGCGUUCUUUGUAACUAGUGUGUUUGUUACGUUCUAUGUAACAAUGAUGUUUUUCGCGUUCUAUGUAGCUAAGGUGUUUGUCGCGUUCUAUGUAGCUAAGGUGUUUGUCGCGUUUUAUGUAGCUAAGGUGUUUGUCGCGUUCUAUGUAACUAGGAUGUUUGUCAAAGAAUGUGUAGGAUGAUUCAUAGCAUUCUAUGUAACUUAUAUGGUGUGUCACGUUUUAUGUACAUAAUGCAAUCAGGACAGUUUAUCGUGUUUGAUGUAACUAUGAUGUUUGUUGCGUUCUAUGUAACUUGAAUUUUUGUCACGUUCUGUGUAACUAGAAUGGUUGUCGCGUUCUUUGUAACUAGGUCGGUUUAUCGCGCCCUGUGUAAUAUUAAAACGGUUAGUCGCGUUCUAUGUAAUUUGAAUAUUUUUUCUCGUUUCAUGAUACCAGGAUGGUUUUUAGUAUUUCAUGUAACUAGACUGAUUUUUCGCGUUUUAUUAAGAGGAUAGAUUGUUGCGCUCGUAUAGCUAGAAAGGCUUUCAUGUUCUGUGGGGGGGAAAAUAUUCGGUUUGUCGCGUUUAAUAUCAUGAUAGUAAAUUUACUUCUUUAAAACUAAGCUUGUUUGUCGCUUUCAGGCAAUUGAAUUGAAGAUAAUAAGCUGUUUUCUGAUAUACAUGUACACAUAUGAUUCACUGAUUGUUGUGUUUAAUGAUGCCAGACUGGUUUGGCAUGUUCGAAGUAACAAAGUUGUUUUUGUGUUUUAUGUAACUAGGAUAAUUUUUGCGUCUUCUGAAAUUAGGAUGUUCUUUUUAUAAGUAGAAUAAUUUGUCGCGUUCUAUGUAAAGGGAACUUUAGACACGCACAGAUGUGUAGAACCUUUCGGGGGCUUUUGUUUUCUAAAUUUUUGGAUACAUUUACAAGCUGCCUCUCAGCUUCGAGAUGAAAAGAUGUUUUUCAAAAAUUUGGUAUUUUAUUAUAUUGAACUCUGCCGAACGGAGAUUCACUGAGCCUUGAUUCAGUUCAAAUGACAAACAACGGCAACUACGUUAAAGAAAUAUGUUUAGAAACAUGUUUGCACCUAUUCAUUCGAUUCGUUUUCUUGUGGUGUGACAACAUGAUCUUUGCUUUAUAGAAGUUCAAUUUCCUAAUACUUAUAUUUUGCCUAUUAUUUAUUACACAAAUUUCUUUAUGAAUUGAUUAUUGUCAUUUCUUCUAAACUUGUACUCAAUAUACCUACCAAAAGAGCUUGAGGUUUUUUUCCCAUAAAUUGUCCAGAUGGCGUAUGCAGGCAUCAGCAAAUCAUCAUAAGUGCGGCACCUACCGUGGCACUAGACUUGCAUUAGUCCGAUAUUUCAGAAAUUUUAAGAACAUUAAAAUGUCACUGAAUGUAAAUAUAAGGAUUGCAAAGCAAUUCAUGUAAAACUUGUCUCAAGACCCCAUAAACCUCAAGACAACAGGAUUCAAAAGUAUUAUACAAUACUACCCUUAUGCACUCAUACAACACUGUGUCUACCAUUGCCGUUUGCUUUUGACUUAUAGUGGCAACGCCAUGAAUAUUAAAAUACAAAUUUAGAAAUUA